GGUGGAGCUCAGUUGGUGCGUCGGUGAUGGCGCGGCCACCAGCGUGAGUGCGCGUACGAGAGUGUGUUGGAUACACGUGGUCCUAUCACAACAAACACACACAUACACCAGAGUGAGGUCAAUGGGCGGGAGACACGAUGUACAGUGUGGUCGGUCACCAGAACUUCGGACGCGAGGGUCGACGCCGUGCGCAGGCCCAAGGUCCGCAAACUCAGGAAACACAGGAGUCUUCAGGGAAGGAAGCUAAGGAGACACAUCGGCGUCGCCAUCGCCACCGUAUCUCUCUAGCAACACGUCUGCUCAACUACGUCAAGAGACGCUUCAACCCUGAAACAGAGGAAGAGUUGGACCAGUUCAAUAUCCACGUCGCUCGCUAUCGGCCGGAAGAACUCAACAAACUCACCAAGACCACCAAAUUCACAAGAAAAGAAAUACAGCUCAUCUACAGGGGCUUCAAACAGGAAUGUCCGACGGGCAUGGUGGACGAGGAGUCGUUUAAGCACAUUUUCUCGCAGUUCUUCCCUCAGGGAGAUGCAAGCCAGUACGCCCAUUAUGUGUUCAACACAAUGAAACACACCCAGACAGGCAAGAUAAGCUUUGAGGACUUCCUGGGUAUCCUGUCCAAGGUCUCCCGUGGCAGUGUCCAGGAGAAGCUGCAGUGGGUCUUCGGGCUGUACGACCAGAACGGCGACGGGCUCAUCACCAAGAAGGAGAUGCUAGACGUCGUCACCUCCAUCUACGAGAUGCUCGGUCGCUCGACUGAGCCCAUGGUCGAGGAGAACUCAGCCAAGGAGCACGUUGAGAAGAUCUUCCAUUUGAUAGACACAAACAAGGACGGUGUGGUGACGAUAGACGAGCUGGUAGAGUGGUGCUCUCGAGAUGACCAGAUCCUACAAUCACUGGAGACUCUCGACACAGUCUUGUGAUCGUCUCAAAGCAAUGCCUUCGAGGACUUUUCUCUCUGGACCUUGUUUGUGGUUAUAUAAAAUGUUUGGAAGUGAUAGGUACCGUGCAUUGGCAAAUAUUUAAAGACUAACACCAAUUUUAAAUUCUGUCAUUUGCUUUAUAUAAGUUAUUUUAAAUGUUAGACUAAUCGAUAAUGCCUAUAAAAGCAUGAAUAAUAGUCAUGAUUACAACCUGUGUCGGGUCGUUGUUUGGUGAAAUUUUUUUAUUGCGUUUCCUGAUCUUUUUAUUUGUAAAUUUAUUCAUUAUGAGUAAUGUAAUCUAAUCUAUAUAGUUUACUUAAAUUACACGAAUAAAAUUACAUAAAUUCCUCAAUAAAAAGAUGAUGCAAAUGUAUGACAGGUCAUCAUCAAAUUUAGACUGUGUUAACAGUUUAAACGGUCAUUUUAAUAUAACUUCAAUCUCCUAGCCUAUGUAUGAACUACUGAUACUUAGUAUGUCCUUGUACGUACGUUCUCGCUCAUACAUUAUGAAACCGUAGCUCGUGGUUAGUUUCCACUUUUAUGCAUGCAAGAGGUAAUUUACAACUCGUCAGUCACUUUCACUUAGCAUGCUUCAUAUUGAUAAGCUGAAGUUUUAAAUCUAAACCAAACAAUCGUUAUAAUCAUGAAAUACUACACCAAAACUAAACUAUUUAUUUGUCACGGUAACACAUGGCAAAAUCCAUCCACAGGUAAUCCACAUUUCCUAAAUGAACCCUUCUUUGGGACAUUGACUAAUCCCACAAGCCAGCAGGACAACGUAUGGCCGAGUGUGUUUUAAUUAUUUAACUUCAGAUGUUUUAAACGCUAAACUUAACAUGUUUAAACGAAUAAUUAGACAACGACCCAUUCUAAACCUAACUCUACUAUGCAAUAACCUUGCCUUCCCUGUUUCCACGGCAAACGUUGUGUUAUGCCUGAGACUCAACUUGUUGAUUUUUGGAUAGUUAUACUAGAAUGUGUUUCAUGUUUUUCUACUUACGUGUUGGUUAUAGCGUAUUUUUGAGAAUGCGAUUUGUGAUUUGAAAAAUAGUUACGAUAUUAGUUGAAUGUUUGUUAUAAAAUAUUAUGUUGUGUACAGUUACAUUUAUGGAAUUAGAGAUUAAAAUCAAAUAUCAUUUUACAUUUUUUAUUUGCCCUUUUUAAUAAAAAAAAACAUGUGUUUAAGCUAGAUAUUCUCUAAGGGAGUAUGUUUUAUCUAUGAUAUUCUCGAUUGGUUUGAACGAAUAUUUGUAGCAUUUUACUUUGGCAAACUAACAAAACUUAUGCAUAAAAUAUACAAAUCUUCUGUAAUAAGCAAACCCAUUAAUUGUACUGUUUCCAUAUACUUGUAGAGAUUAAUUUAGGAUUAUUCUAUGACAAGUUCAUAACAAUUUAUUAAAGUAUAAAAUGCCCAUUAAUUGUGUCUUAAUCAAUUACAGUAAUAUGCUUUUAUUAUGAGCAUUCUCAUAACGAAGCAUAACUUCUAACAUAUGUUUGUAAUUAAAUGUUCUGUCCCGUUUUUAUAACUCAAUUCCGUUUGUAAAAUCAUGUAAAUAUUAACUAAAUAAAUAAUAAAUAGAAUAACAUAUAUUUUGUUGUAAUGUUUAUAGUAAUAGUUCGUGAUGAUAAAUUGUCCGUACAUAAUCAACUGUAUGACCUGUGUACCCUAGAUAUGUUGAAUCAUAACUUUGCGAAACAAUUGUUUUGUUUGUGUUUUAGAAUCAAAAUGAUUCCGGGAAACGUAUUGUGAAAUAAUUUGUUUAUGGUGUUUUAAACAAGUGGUUUCAUUUUUUACAUUUAUACAUGGUCUUAGAGUUUACAAUUUUUUAUUUGCGUUUCCUUUAAUGACAUAUGUUGUAUAAAGGUUACACUAAAGACAUUGUCUUUCCUGUUUGAAAGCUUAUUCCUUUCUUUUAAUUUGAUGAAACCAUCGAUGUUGUUUGAUUUAUUGCACAAAUAAAUAGAAUUAGGAUAUUUUACUAAUUUUUGGCUUACAAACCAGAGUGACUAGAUGUAAAAAAACUAAUGGUGUACUACUUAUAUUCUAUUCUGCAAGUGAAAUGCUUGAGAAGAAUUUCAAUAGUAUUGUUAGUAUAAACUCUAUUUCAGAUGUCAAACUAGUUUAUGCUCCAUGGUUAAAGUUGUUUUACUCGUAUUUUAAGUCUACAUCCAUCGUUAACAAUAAUAACUGGGACAAAAGGCUAGUUGUGAGGGUUCAAGCGUAUCUGUAAAACUUGUGGAGAUUUAAAAAGUUAAUAGAAAGGCUGUAUCUCCUGCUUGUAGAACGGGAUUUUGUUCUAAGUUCCACCAUGUAAGUGAAUUUAAACUCAUAAGCAUAAAUUAAUGAGUUGUGUACGUACCUAUUACAUAUUUUUGUUAAAAUCAUUCUCACCCUGACAUAUCAAAACUAAAGCUACAACGUUGUAAGUCAUUGUUGUUAACACAAUUAUUUUGUAAUUUGUAAUUUAACGAUACAUAUUUCAUUGUAAUUUCAAAUGUUGGUCACUUUACGAACAUUUUUAUAUUACUAUUGUAUACAACGUGUGAUUUGAGGUUUGUACAUUAGUGAUUUAGGGCUCUCCCCACCUUACCACAAAAUGUUCUUGAUAGUGUGAGAUAAGACCCAUUACCUUCAGCUAAUGAAGUACUAAAAAUAACAAUUAAAACUCUUAGCAUUACAUGCAACGUUUAAUGUGGCAACUAGUGUCUAGCAGAUCCCAGAGAUGUGCCUACAGUAUGAGUGCCUACGACAACAAGAAGCGAACUACUCACAGCAUAACUAUUUCAAAACUUACUCAUAAACGUAUUGUUUCAAUGAAAAAGCAUAAAUACAAACUAUUUAGUAGUUAUCACUUACAGAGUAUGAUAACGAAGAGUAUGUUGGUGGCUUAGAGUAUGGUUCACUAAUUGGGGAUACUGCAAUAUUAAUCAUUAGAAAAAAAGACACAUUACCUCCUUAUAAUUACUUUUUUGACUGGUUCAUUUCCACACAUAGGUCCUGGUCAUAGUCUCCAUAUUAUUCAUAUUGCUAUUUAUGAAGUAUAAGUUUUUGAUGUAACAACAAAGAUGAUCUCAACUAGUAUAAAUGCAGUGAGAAGUUACUUAACCAAAAUUUCUAACCAAGGGCUCAAUUUUUGUUAUCACCCGUAUGUUGUUUCAUAUUUAUUUCUCGAUGAAAAAGAAAUAAUGCCUUAAUUUGGUAAACUAUGUUCUACAACUAUUGAAUUAAAUUCAAUCAUUCAAUAGUUUAUUUUAUAUCACUGUAUUCAACUUAAAUUGAAUUUAAUGAUCUUACAAAGCAAUAGCCCAAUCAUCAAAUUGACGUUGUUAACAAAAUUUAAUAAUACAAGACCACUCGUUGGUACAUAUUACGUCUGUACUCAAUCGCAUAAAUCAUUGAUCAUGGUAAGUGUGGGAAGUAGAGCAACUGAACAACUAAUAUCAACCUUGUUGUCUGUAAGCAAAGUAGGAAUGGUGUACUCAGACUCUUUAUACAUUCUCUUCCUCGUCGCGUAACCCCUUUGAGAGACAUAAAACAUAGCUAGCCGUCAGCUUUGAGAAAUUCUGUUUCUUAUUAACUUUAUCUGGGGAUGGUUAGUACUUUUUCAAGUAAAUGCUAGAUUUUAUACUAUAUUCAACGCGUGAUUUAUUUAUAAACUUGAGGACUAUAUGGUUGAGCUGUAUUACUAAUAUUUGUGUUUCGAUGAUAUAUUAUAAAACUGAACGGUGACCAACUAGUAAUAUGAAUGAUAUUAUUAGGUUAGAAAUUUUACUCUAUUAGAAUUAGGUCUCUAUAUCUUUAUCCCACUUAAUUCUAUCUCAUCUACCAGUAGAAUAGAUUUCUUCCAACUCUAACUUUGUAAUUAAUUGAUAAGUGUACAUAGACAUUUAUUUUUGCAAGUUGUCAUAUUUUAUCAUUAAUAAAGGUUUAAAUAUGUUCAUUAUGUGGUAGGUAUGUAUAUAUGUAAUUGUGUUACUCUUUUAGUAAUAAAUCAAUAAAACAAGUUCUUGUUUUAAAGACGUCAACAUAUUUUGUUCCAAGAAUGGUUAAUUAAAUGCAUUAUUUACUUUUCCUGCCUUUUUCUCUCCCCAGAAUAAAACUAUCGUAAAAUAAUCAAGUUUUCUUCUGAAGCUCCACGGACUAAGCAGAUUCUAUUGC